AUGCCAUAUCACUCCCCACGAAGAGGAACUCUGAGAUCCACCGCAAAUUUUUUUAAAUCGAUUCCAAAGAAGAGCGUCAGACCUUUAAAGCGAUGUAUGUUUGCAGGGGGGGUCUUGGAUCUGGUCCCUGUGGUAUCCUGGAGAGGUCAAUUGACAGCACACAUGUUUGGCAGUAACAAUGCUGGGAACACGGGCUCCACUGGGUUUUCCUUUGGCAACAAAAGUAACAGUGCGGGUGGUGGUCUCUUUGGGAACAACGCUAAUCAACAGACUGGUGGGGGUGGCCUUCUAGGCGCCAGCAAGCCGGCAUUUGGUACCAAUGCGCCUUCGCAGAGUGGGGGGAUGUUUGGGCAAAACCAGCAACAACAAUCCGGUGGGCUGUUUGGUCAAAGUCAGCAACCGCAAACACAACAAUCUGGUGGACUGUUCGGUCAGAACCAGCAGCAACAACCUGGGCAACAAUCCGGUGGACUGUUUGGUCAAAGUCAGCAGCAACCUGGGCAGCAGCCAGGUGGGUUGUUUGGCCAGAGUCAGCAGCAACAGCCUGGACAACAAUCCGGUGGGCUGUUUGGUCAAAGUCAGCAACCGCAAACACAACAAUCUGGUGGACUGUUCGGUCAGAACCAGCAACAACAACCUGGGCAACAAUCCGGUGGACUGUUUGGUCAAAAUCAGCAACAGCAGCAGCAGUCAGGUGGUUUAUUUGGUGCGAAUAAACCCGCGACUGGAGGUGGUUUGUUUGGCCAACAGGCUGGGUCCGCUCCUGGAGGAGGACUCUUUGGUGCAAAGCAGCCUGCUACGAAUACCGCGGGAGGUCUAUUUGGUAACUCUAACACGACCCAGCCAGCAAGUGGAACUGGUGGUCUAUUUGGCGCUAAACCUGCCGGGACAACCACUGGUCUUUUCGGUCAGAACCAAAACCAGAAUUCCGCUGGUGGGGGUCUCUUCGGCAAUAACAUUACAGGCAACAAAACCGGAGGGUUAUUCGGGCAACAACAACAACAACAACAACAGCAACCCCAAUCUACUUUGGGAAAUCCUGCAAUUCCCUCGAGCCAGCCGUCAUUUGCCUGGUCACAAAACACCAACCAACAACAGCCGAAUGGUUCACAAACGUCGACGCUGUUCCCAACACAGAGCAGCAUGGCACCAUAUGGUGCAGGCACUGCCACUAACAACAUGCCGAUGAACAACUAUAACAAUAGCUUAUAUGCAUUACAGCAGCAGCAGCAUUCUGCGAACUACCCGCAACAAAUCCAAGAACAGAUCAUAAAAUGUAAAGAAUCGUGGGAUCCAUUAUCAUUUAAAUCCAAACUCAGGACCUUUGUCUACAAUAAAGUCAACGAGACUGAUGCUAUAGUGUACAAUAAUAAGCCUCCAAAUGUGAUACAAGAGGAAUGGGACCAAGCAAUUGAAAAUAAACCUAAGCCAAUUUCCAACCUGAUCCCAAUUCAGAUUUUCGGUUUUGAGGAACUGAACCAACGGAAUCAGUUACAAAUAGAGAAUGUCGCCAAAAUUAGAAUGAUAUUGAAAGACAUGCUUGAUAAAAACACCCAGUUACAGCAACGGCACGAGUUAGAGACUGCAUCGCGCAUUUUGAAAGUUGUUUCUAAGAAUGUUGAGAUCGAACGAAGGAUCCUGAAACUGGGGUCGCAGUUGAGUAUAUUGAAGAACAGAGGUCUUCCAAUGACCAUUAACGAAGAAAAAAUGUGGACGCAGUUUAAAUCUCUACUGGAUAGGUCACAAGAUCCAGCCGGACUCGGGAAAACAAACGAACUUUGGGCCCGUCUAACUGUGCUAAAGGAACGUGCCAAGAACAUAUCCCAACAGCUUGAUAAUACAAUGGUAAUAAUUAAUGAAAAUGGUGGUAGUGAUAGCAACACAGAUGGCAAAGCAUCUGGUGAAGUGUAUGAUGCAGGCAACCAGAAGAUUGAUAAAAUUGCUCACAUUUUGAAUAAUCAACAACGCGGUAUAUGUUAUUUGAACUCUGUCCUUGAGAAGGAUCAUGCCAAGGUUGAUGGUAUGUUGAAGAACUGA